AUGUCUGACUUACGUCGAAAACUUGUAAUAGUUGGUGAUGGUGCAUGUGGAAAAACAUGCCUUUUGAUUGUAUUUUCAAAGGGUACAUUUCCAGAAAUUUAUGUUCCAACAGUAUUUGAAAAUUAUGUUGCGAUAGUACCAGUAGAUGGAAAAAAUGUUGAAUUAGCAUUAUGGGAUACAGCUGGUCAAGAAGAUUAUGAUCGCUUGAGGCCACUUUCUUAUCCUGAUGCUCAUGUAGUUUUGAUUUGUUUUUCCAUUGAUUCUCAUGAUUCUUUGGAAAAUGUGGAAGAAAAAUGGUAUCCAGAAGUGAAAUCAUUUUGUCCAAAUUUACCAAUUAUUUUGGUUGGAAAUAAAAAAGAUUUACGAAAUGGUGAACAGAAUCAAAAACUUGUAACUUCUGAAGAAGGGAGAAGUGUUGCCGAGAAAAUUGGUGCUAGAUAUUUAGAAUGUUCUGCUAAAUUUAAUGAUGGCGUUAAUGAAGUUUUUGAAUAUGCUACAAGAGCCGCUCUUUCGACUAGUAAGCCCGAAAGUGGUCCGUCUUUUUGUUGUGUAUUGUUGUAA